GCAGGCGAGGGUUCUUCCGAGCACUCCCGCUCGCGGUCGGCGUCCUCGGUGGGGCUGGGAGGGGUCUCCCGAGCUCCAGCCGGGCUCUGCGCCCCGCGCCCGGCGCCGCCUCCGCCUGCUGUCGGGAGCGCGCGUCUCCGUCUCCGUCCCGAUCUCCGUCCCCGUCCCCGUCCCCGCAGCGCCGCUGCCCCAGCGCGACUCGCCCGGAGCAGGGCCCGGAGCCGGCCGAGCGCGCGGUAACCCGGGCGCGGAGUGCGCACGGUCUGGCCCAGGCGGUGGUUUUUAGGUUUUGUUUUGGGCCGGCCCAGAGCAUCCGGAGAGCUGGGAGCCAGGCGCCCGGGCGAAGGUGGGCUUCCUCCAACGCCCUGGCCGGCAGGGUGGAGAUGUCUGCCCAGAGGUUAAUUUCUAACAGAACCUUCCAGCAAUCUGUAUCCAAUUCCGAUUACACCUGGGAGUAUGAGUAUUAUGAGAUUGGACCGGUUUCCUUCGAAGGACUGAAGGCUCAUAAAUAUUCCAUUGUGAUUGGAUUUUGGGUUGGUCUUGCAGUUUUCGUGAUUUUCAUGUUUUUCGUGCUGACCUUGCUGACCAAGACAGGUGCCCCACAUCAAGACAAUGCAGAGUCUUCAGAGAAGAGAUUCCGGAUGAACAGCUUUGUGUCAGACUUUGGAAAACCUCUGGAACCAGACAAAGUGUUUUCCCGCCAGGGCAAUGAAGAAUCUAGAUCUCUCUUUCACUGCUACAUCAAUGAAGUAGAGCGCUUGGACAGGGCCAAAGCUUGUCAGCAGACCACAGCUGUGGACAGCGAUGUGCGACUCCAGGAAGCCAUCGGAGGCAGCAGGAGGGCAGAGGAGGAGCUGAACAGGCUCAUGAAGUUCGACAUCCCCAACUUCGUGAACACGGACCAGAACUCCUUUGCGGAGGAUGAUCUUCUGAUUUCGGAACCACCUAUUGUUCUAGAAAAUAAGCCCGUUUCCCAGACCUCACACAAAGACCUGGACUGAGAAGCAUUUCCGUGUCUUUCUGCAGAUGUAGGCUCUGUCUUUAUGUAGCAAGAAAGCUCCAUUCACCCAACUGUGCGCGUAUGCGAGAGAGACAGAGAAGAGAGCAUCCCUCAAGAUACCGCUAGAGGUUUUCAUUGUUCGAGUUCAUUGUGCUUUGUUUGCCUUUUAACACAUUGGAGUUUUUUGUUUUUUGGGGUUUUUUUGGAAAGUAUUUGCACUAUCGUAUCCUCCUUGUUGAAGAUUUGUCCAGAUAGGUCAGGACUCUUGAAUGAGGAUUCACAUAUUGCAUUCCAGUCUGGCUCUGCCACGCUCAUGCUGUACCUUUAGGAGCUUUGCUUCUCGGGGCUGCAACUGUUUUAGCGGUCAGUGAUGUCUGGAGUAGGUGAUGUCUCCUAGCGCUAACACUUGGUGAGUGGAUGACUUUGCAGCCAAGGCAAGCAGAGAUACACAUAAAGCAGUCUAAACAAGGGCACCCGCUCCUGUCUCCCUGUACCUUCGACUCAGUCCUUAAUUGAGCCACACUUUAGUGAAGAGAUCUUUACACACUCAGGACCACGUGGUCACCGUGGUGAACAUUUCUGCUGGGUUUUGCAGAAACAGCUUUUUAGAGGUUCUUCAGUCCCCACGCCCUGUCCCUCUCCGAGUGAGUACUGACUCAUGGUGUAUCACGUGGCACCUCUGUCCCCAAGAAAUGUAGUGAAGGUUGUCCUCUGAAUGAGCGGGUAUCUUCUGUGUGUCUCUGUGUUGGUGUAUUUGUGUCACGCUGCCGUGCGAUUGGCUUUGGAACAAGGAAAACACUAGUUGCCGUGCUGUCUAUGCAGGCGAUUGGUCUUUGAGCUGAGAUGGCCUGUGGGUUUUACACACCGCACUAACAGAUUCUCAGGGUGGUCUGGACUGUGUUAACACGAGAGCAUCACAGAAUUAAUUCACGAAGGAAUCAAACCUGUGCACUGGUAUUGAAAACAACUUGGUUUUACACACACAGCCAGUUGCAUGCAUGGCCAGCUGCUAAUCUCGGGCAGGCAGUUUUCAUUAUGAAUUUGUUUACCACCUAUGUGCUUAAGCUACAAAAUAAAUAUAUAUGAUUGCACGGGAA